AUGGAUAAUUCCCAUCGCCCUCCAUCUUCACUUAUUAUUGAAGAGAGUUUGGAACCUGAAACUCUUAGUGCCACUACAAGCAAUCAAUCUACUCAUGACACUGACCUUGGAAUUGGAAGUCAGGCUGAAACAUCAAUUACUGAUGUGGUCUCGAACGCGGAGAUCGGAUGGAUGGAAGAGACUUCAAAAGCUGUGACCAAGUUUACUACAUCCGAGUCUCCAGUCUCACCUACAGCGGAGAUACUGAAGUCUGCAAUACUGGAAAAUAUAACUGAAGUUCCCGCAACAGAUGAUCCAGAAGCAUCGUAUUUUGGUUUCUACGCUUGGAUGACCGAAAUUUUCUUCUGUGUCUUGAGCUUAUCAUCUCUUAUUGUGAUCACUACCGUCCUCAGAGCCUACGAUGGCAAGGCACUUCCAAAUUUGCCAAUGUCCAUUACCCUAAAUACCUUCCUUGCCUUCUUCACAACUCUGACCAAAGCGACAUUCAUGCUCUCAGUCGCGGAAGCCAUUAGCCAAUGGAAAUGGAACAUGCUGAAGAACAAAGAAAGACCUUUGACAGAUUUUCUCGCCGUUGAUUCUGCGAGUCGUGGCAUGUGGGGCUCUUUUUGGAUUAUGGGCAGGUUCCGCAUGAACCAUGUAGCCAUACUUGGAGCUGUAAUAUCUCUUCUCGGAAUGGCCACAUCACCUGUAACGCAACAAAUGAUUGCAUAUCCUCUUCGUCUAGCCCAAGUUGAGGGCAUAGCCACUGUGCCAACGUCUAGUCAUUUCGAGGACAACAAUGGCUUCAAUGUCUGGCAUGCAAUUUUUGCAGGCGUUAUCAGCACCUUCGAUGACCCAAUCUUGCCUGUCAGCCCUGUUUGUUCUACUCCCGACUGCACUUUCCCCCAGUACAAAUCGAUUGGAAUGUGCGCUAAGGCAGUAAACAUUACCUCGCUUUUGAAUGUGGAGGUAAUUCCAAAUUCCAAUGCGGAUGAUUGGCCCUAUCCGGCUUGGACAGGAAUGAUUGCUCAAAAUGGAUCCACUGCGAUGAAUGCUAGUCUACCCAACGGUAUUUCAUGGGUUACCCCGGCUUCGGUAUCUUACAUGGCUAUGCCGUCUAACAAGACAAUGGCAUUCGCUAAUGACACCAAUAUGGCUUUCACUGCGUUCGAAUACAUGGUACUCAUAUGGAGCAAUGCUGGAAACAUCACAAACUUCGAGUCUAACCUGACAAGUCAGACACCUUGGAAAUUUGAAGCUGUUGAAGUAGCAAUCUACCUUUGUUUGAAUACGUACGAGACCGAAAUGUCUCAGUCACAACCAUCUACCAACAUCGUCAAGUCGAGUUAUGUUCCAGCCAACGUUCCGAAUAAUGUAGGAAACUUCCUAGCCGGCUGCUGGUUCGAGAAAUUUCCAGGCACACCUUUUGGGACGCAGAAAUUUUGUGACACCGGACUAUAUGUUGAUGGAAAUAUGACUCUUGUUGAUCCAGAUGAUCCAUCGACAACCUACUCGGCGGAUGCCAAGGCACUCCAUAGCAUAGAUAUUAACUUGCAGGAGGCAGAUCUUGCAACGUUCGUAUCCAAUGGAAACAUGGACCCGGGAAUAUAUGCUACCGAUACCCAAAGCCUUGCUCUUGCAAAUGUCAUAUAUAACGACUACGAGAAUGAUCUCCUCCUCGACCCUGCGGAGCAAUUUGAGCGAGUGGGCACUUUUUAUAAUAGCACUGCAAAUAGUCUGACCAAUCUUAUGCGUACUUCAUCCAGUACAACAGUCAACGGCACUGCUUGGAAAGACGAAACUUUCGUUGAGAUCAAAUGGGGCUGGCUCGUCUUUCUUGCUUCCCAACUCGUUCUCUCAAUCAUUUUUCUUCUCAUUACCGUAAUCUCCACAUAUAGGAUGAGAAUACCAGCAAUGAAAAGCUCGGCUUUGGCUAUGCUCUUAGCUCCAGCUGAAGAAAUUCGGGAUAAGAUUGGGGACAUUGGGCACUUUGAGGAGGCAACGAAAAGGAGUGGCGGCAUGAAAGUACGAUUGAUCAAUAAUGGAUUGGUAGUCAGUCCCGGACGGUUUCAAGCAGAUGAUAAUGCUUAGCUGUAAUGUGGAUAUGAAUAGCCAUUCAUGUAAGACGAAUCAAUAAGGG